UUUCACUAGUCCUGUUUAUAGAUCCGUGCACCCUGAGGGAGAGGAGAUGAAAGGAGGACGCCAUUUUAGUCCAUUGGGAUACAGCCCUAGUCAUUCUUUGACCUGAUAGUUUUUUCGUACAAGUAUGGGGGGACAGACCACCUGGUUCUAACUGGGUGUACGGUACAUUUUCAGAAUAUGUCGCAUGCGCCACUGUAGUGCAACACAAACGGACGGGCGGCGGAAAGAUCCACGUGGUUUUCCCAAACCACCGCGGCUUCCAUCCGCAACAGAAGGGACAGCGAGGGAACAGAAAGGAAAGGCAGCCAGCUCGUUUCUACCAUGCAGCGGCCGGGUGGUCGCCAUCGCCACAAUGGCCACUCUCCGCUCCGUAACAACAAUUCCAUGACCUCAAACCUCGCGGCUCCUCCGCCGCGCGCUAGCUCCACGGGCGUCUAUGUGGAUUACUCCUCCAUCAACAAUAGGCCGGUAAAACCGGAGCUGGUCUGCAAAUGGACUGAUCGGGAGCAGCGAACUUCAAAACAAAGGAUAUGCAACCAAACUUUCAGCUCCAUGCACGAGCUAGUGGAACACGUCAGCACGGAGCACGUCGCUGGUCUCGAGCCCCUGAGCCAUGUUUGCAUGUGGGAAGAAUGUCUGAGAGAUGGGAAGGCGUUCAAAGCCAAAUAUAAACUGAUAAAUCACAUCAGGGUACACACUGGGGAGAAACCAUUCUCCUGCUCUUUUGCAGAAUGUGGGAAAGUGUUCGCUCGUUCGGAAAACCUCAAGAUUCACACGCGCACGCACACAGGUGAGAAGCCAUUUCAAUGUGAAUUCACCGGCUGUGAGCGGAAGUUUGCCAACAGCAGCGACCGCAAGAAGCACUCCCAGGUCCACACCAGCGCCAAACCGUACGACUGCAAGGCCCACGGCUGCUUCAAAUCCUACACGCACCCCAGCUCCCUCAGAAAGCACAUGAAGGUCCACGUCAGCGCACUCAAGUGCUCUCCUACCUCGGAACCCAUAGACCUGUCGUUCACCGGGAUUCUUGGGAAGCGUAGCUCGCGGGAUUACGCGGCGCCACGGACUAACUGCUCGUCCGCCAAGCUCUCGCUGCCCCAGGCGGUGUCGAACAUUAAGGAGUGGUACGUGUGCACGAGGGUGACUGGACAGGGACAGGACUAUCUCGAACUCGCUGCGGACAAGAUCAAGUCGGAGCCUUGCAGUGACGAUGAGGAGUACUACAAAGCAACGUAGUAGCAGCGGGUUGGAUGGCGUGAACUGUGUCAGAAACGGAAGCGGACGGACGGAAGGAAGGUGUCCGUCAACAUGGUGACGGACAGCGACGACGGAGAGCCGCAAUACAUGUGAACGUCGGUGCCUUUAUUCACAAAUCGUUUUUUAGGGGACGACGGCCGAUCGAGAAUCGCUCUGGCUUUUGUUGUAGGCUACAAACGAGACGACGUGCACACAAGGGGAACAGUCCGUAGAUUGACACUACUUCUACUCUAAAAUGCUCUGUGGGUUCAGGCACUGACGUCCCUGUGUUGUUUGAGGAUGAACCUUAGCCAUGAGCCGUGUUGCCAUAAGAGAAUCCAGGCGCAGGGCAGCAUAGAUAAACCCUCACGACGUGGACCCGUGUCCACAACGCAGCUCGGCGGACGUGCUGACCCACGAUCCGCUUACUCAUCGUAUCAUGACCCGGAAGGUAAAACCGAUCGUAGGUCAGCACUUCUGCCCUGAGACGCGUGGUGAAUACAGACAAACCCCGCAGUUCGGGCACAAAUUUGAUUCUGGAAGUUUUUUCAGGUUUGCUUGAUUCACCGUAAUUAGCACUUGGGUUUAGUCUGUUGUUGCCUGUGCUCCAGGCCAGCUUCAAAUCAAGUGCUUCUCUAAUGAUUUGACAUAUUAUAAUUGACCCAUGUCUGCCUGUUGAACCAUGAAAUACAGAGAACAACGAGACAUCCAAGUAACCAUUCAUUACCUGAGUUGAGCAGGCCAGGUUCAGGCCCAAAAGCUGUUUUGAAAAAAAUAUUUGAAUAAAUCUUUACAAUUUUCCCUUUACAACACUUAAUUCCCUAUAUAAGCUGUUCAUGAUGGCGUUAACGACUUGGGUGUGAAACGGGGAUGAAUUAUUAAUGUGAAACUUGCUGCCAGACGUGACGGUGAUGGUGAGGGAGCCUUUGUUUACAUCCUGACUGUGCUGACUUGUGUGAUGGUCUUUGUAGUUCACAUGGUGACUGUGUGAUGGUCAUUGUAGUUUUCUGUUGAGAAGUGAAGAGCUACACACAUCUGUCGUAUUUCCUUUUGAGAACAUUUAUUAUUGUUCAAAUCUAUUUGCUCAACCUUUAAUACUGCCUCAUUAAACCUAAUUUUACGUUGUUA